CAGUUCAAUAUUUGAAGCAGUUGAAGCAACACAAAAGGUUGUGUAUUUUUCUAGAAUUUAGUAACUUUUUCUGCAUUAGAGGAUCUCCGAUAUGAUUGCGGUUCGUGACGGAUUGAACAGCCCACGGCUGCAGGGUGGAAAGGAGGAGGCGGGGGAUCCCCAGUCGCCCUUUCCGGACAAGUACCUCAUGCGCAACACCCGCAUCCUUAGGGUGUCCAAGGCCCAGAUCACCGAUGUGCCCAUGGAGGUCCUGGAGGCGGCUCAGCAGGAGCUGGUCAACUUCGUGCAGCUGGACGGCAACUUGCUGAAAGAGGUGCCCAAGGAUCUGCACUGCCUGAGCGAGGUGCUCACCCACCUGAUCCUGACCAAGAACCAGAUCUGCUUCCUGCCCACCAACAUCUCGCAGUUCUCGAAGCUCUCGGUGCUGAACCUCUCCGGCAACCUGCUCUCCGACCUGCCCAUGGAGCUGGGCGGACUGCACCUGCUCCAGGAGCUGGACAUCUCGCACAACCGCUUCCACCACCUGCCACCCUGCAUCCACGAGCUGGAGGGCCUGCGCACCCUGCUGGCCCACGACAACCAGAUCAAGGCCAUCGACGCCAGUGAGGCCGGACUGGGCGGCCUGCGGGAGCUGGAGAACCUGGACCUGAAGAACAACAACAUCCAGCUGGUGCCGCCAGUUCUGGGCAGGAUGGAGAAGCUCAACUCGCUGGAGCUGUGGGGCAACCCCUUCCGGCAGCCGCGCCACCAGAUACUCUCCAUGGGAACCAAGGCGGUGCUGAGCUACUUGCGCACUCGCAUUCCCAUUUAAAUCAGACAGUUGUUGUACUCGAAUCAAAUUUCAAAGAAGUGACAAAUAAAUGGUCCCCGAUGCAUUUAUGCUUUCAGUA